AUGUGUCCAGUAUCUAGGCGGGAUGAAUGGUCAGACUGAUCAAAUCAACUUUUUACUAUGUUGGCUGGUUGCAUUAAACUUUUCUUCAGCUGUGCUUCGAAAGCAGCCUCUUUCCUUACAUUCAUCCACGUUUACGUUGAUUUAGAGUCUAGAGUGUAGAGAUGUAGAAUUGCGAAAUAUUUGCCUGUCCUACGGAAAUACAAGCACGUCUGGAUUUGAGCUGAGUAGUAUGUGGAAGUGACACAUCUUUGUUUGGGUGGAAGAUGAACAGUACAUUACCAGACGGUCAUAAGGUGGUCAAGAAACCUUUAAACAGUCCACUCAAGGCAAGAUCAGCAAAUGAAAAUGGGCAUGUUUUUGUGGAACCACAAACACCAUUAAAAAACUCAGGGAAAUCUACAUCUGAAGCUGUGUUACUGGAGAGCCAUAAGACCAUGGGACCUCUGACAACACCCACUAAGGGCCAUGAGGCACAAUCAAGCGAACCCUGGACGCCCACAUCCAACCUGAAGAUGCUCAUCAGUGCAGCCAGCCCUGAGAUUCGCAACCGUGAGAAAGAAUGUGCUGUGGACAGCAGUGAAUCUGAAAACUCACAGGAGCCUGAGCAAGGGGAGGAGGUAGAAAAGCUUCAAAUAAGUCGUAAAGACAAAAGCCUGGGUUUGCUGUGUUUCAAAUUUCUGGCAAGGUACCCAAACUACCCCAAUCCUGCUGUAAACAACAACAUCUGCCUUGACGAUGUGGCAGCCGAACUGAAUGUGGAACGUCGUCGCAUCUAUGAUAUCAUGAAUGUCCUUGAAAGUCUAAGCAUGGUCAGCCGACUGGCUAAGAACUGCUACACCUGGCAUGGGCGGGCGAAACUCGCACAGACACUUGCUGUACUCAGACGAGCCGGCAAAGAGAACCGCUAUGAACAACUGUUGCAACAGAUCCGUCAAAGGAGCUUAGAGCAAGAAGAGAGGGAGUUCGACUUGGAUGGAGAGGAAAAGGAAAAUGAAGAAAUGGCCAGUUUUGAUAUGGAUGGAGACUCUGGUCAAGCAGAGCUUUCGGGAACAGAUCCUAAAGCAGCAGCAGCAAACAGUCGGAAGGACAAAUCUCUGAGAGUGAUGAGUCAGAAGUUUGUCAUGUUGUUCCUGGUGUCCAGCCCUCCUGUGGUUAGUCUGGAGAUUGCUGCCAAGAUCCUCAUCGGAGAGGACCAGGUGGUGGAUCAGGACAAAAACAAGUUCAAAACUAAGAUCCGCAGACUUUAUGACAUCGCAAAUGUUUUGAGCAGCCUAGAGCUGAUAAAGAAAGUGCACGUGACUGAGGAUAGAGGUAGAAAGCCUGCUUUUAAGUGGACCGGGCCAAGUGACUUGCCAUCUCCAAAGGAUCUAAAGAUCUCCACUUCAUCAGCAUCAAGGCCUCUGGAUUCUCGUUCCUCCAUAGACAAUUGUGCUAAAAAUUUAUUUUCCUCCCCUGGAACAAAACGAGGUUUCACUCGCCAUCAUUCCUUGGUCAAACUGGUCAAGAGCAUUCAGGAUGACCGCAGAAAAAUUAAUUCUGCACCAUCUAGUCCCAAUAAAAUGACAGGUGAUUCUGCAAAUGGUGUGUUCUGUGCAAGCAAAAUGGCCCACCUUGCUGCCAUCUGCAAAAGGCAUCUAGAUGAGCAGUCCAUAGACAUCCAUAGGCAAUCUAAGAGGGAGGUGGCAGACUCACAGAAUGGAAGCCCUUCAGUAUCGUCUAUACUAUCUAAAUCCACAUCUGCUCAUGAACAUCAGCAUAAUGGACCUUCAGGAAUGCAGAUCCCAUUUCUGCCUGUAGGGGCGAUCCCAUCCCUUCCUACCAAGUGCACCCCCGUCAUCCCUGUUCUGAUACCUCAGCACCAGACAGGCGGAUCAUAUGCUGUUUACAUGCACUCCACCUCUCUCAGACCACCACCCACCAGCCUAGCUGUUCGCUCAAUGACAUUUGAGAGCCCAGGGAGCACAAACACAAAAACAUCACCCCCUACCGUGAGUAGUGCUGACCAAACCCUCUACUCAUCAUCACAAGACCAAGAAUCAACAAGUCCCUCGAACCGUAAACGAGCAUGUGAAGAAAAGGGCUUAGAGGGGAGUCCAUCCAAAGUCCAACGGACAGAGCCAAAGAGCGCUUCUCCAAAGCUGUGUGAGAUUCUCCAAGCUCGUCUGAUGGCCCGAAGAGGUGCUUUUCUCUCUAACCGUCCAUCCCCGAGAGUCCUGCAUCUGGAGUUCUCCAAACCCUCUGAGAACCAUUCUUCCUCGUUGCCCGCCAGCGCAGCACCUCUGGAGCACAGCGUGGAACCCUUCCUGGAGAAGGAGGACAAGGUUCAGACCUCAGACAAUGAGAGAGGACUGACCCCUGUCAGAACAGCACAAUCACAGGUCCAGAAAGUCAGCGUUCCAUUGCAGGAUGUGGUGCUGCCAUCUGGACCCAUACAUACAGCGACUUUGAUCCCUGCAGGUUAUUUGAUUCCAAUCUCCCAGCAGUCUUUUGUGAGCUUCAGAGAUGUGCAGUGCUCCACUGGAGAGAGCUCCAAAGCCUCCACUCCAACUUAUAAUGUCUACCAGACCCCAACAGCAGGUUCCAGACCCGUUCUUCCUCAAGAAGUCACUCCCACCCAUCUCCCUAUUCAUCGGAUACCUACCGUCUCUCCAUUCUCUUCUCAUGGCCAUCGUAUCCACAGCCCCAGUCCUACCAUUCUCAACUUCACCCUGCAGAACCUAGGUCUUAUCCCUGGCACCACCACACAAAACUCUAUUACAGAGCGGGCCAGCCCCUUGCCAUCCCCUCACCCAGGCCGGCCACCACGGGGCAUGAUAUUUGUGAAGCCCCUCUCUCCUGCUCAAGCUCUGCAGCCAGCCUCAAUACACGGGCAGCCCGUCUCCUUCAGCAUACCCCAGGCUUUAGUAACCACGCCCAAAGGCAGUCAACCUCUCCAGCAGAGUUUCUUCCACACCCCGGUCUCCUUCCCUACUGUAACCAACACUACAGUACCAAGAAACAUCUACAUCCCUCAGAGAAAGCUUGAUGUAAGUUCAGAAGAUACCUGAGGAGAUGACUGAGGACAACCACACCUGCAGACCUAAUGCUGCUAAAAAACAGUUCGUCUGUUUGAGCCAUUAUGUGUGUAUCUUUUGAUCAGUUUUUAUGUUUCCCUUUUUAUUAUUUUACUAUAGGGUCUGCAUUAACUUCUUGUGUAUCUGUGGUUCUUAAUGCUUUUCAUGGUGCUGAGACUUUGAGGAAGCCAGGACAGCAUGCAAACAUGGUGCUACUCUUUAACAGGAAGGCAAUUGAGGGUUUAUCGAGGAAAAAAAUAAAAGCACAAUCGAGGUGGCCUUUUUAAAUGAGGUAUUGCCUAAAAAAAUGCUGUAAAUGGAUGGUUACAAAAGAAUGAAUGAACAAAACAUGGUGCAAAAAUUUGUAUUAAAUGUUAACAGGAAAUCUAAUUUCAGGGCUUCUAGGAAUUGCCAAACCUUUAAAUGUUUAUAAGUACCACAGAAUAUUAAACUGACAUAAUUUGGCAUUAUGUUAAAAUGUAUUAAUAUGGGAGAAUGUUGUUAAAUUGAAGGUGUUAUGAAAUGUUGUAGAUGUAUUUUAUGUUAAUGAAAUGUAGUAAUAUUACAAUCUGCACAUCAUUUAUAUGAGCUGUCUCCUGUACAAUGUGGUUUCUGUGUAAUAAAGAUAAAUUAAU